AUGGCGAACGUGGCCAAGAUGGUGUCGUGGUCCGGCCGGGAGGGCGAGGCGGAGGGCCAAGGCGAGGCCACGCCGCUCCUCAACGGCACGGGCGGAGGGGCCGCCGCCCCGCCCCGCCAGCUCACCCCGUCCUCUUCUUCCUUGCGACUCGGGCGCAUGAGCUACGUGGACCUCGACGACGAACAUGAACCAGAAAUGGAUCCGCCUCGGGCACACCCUAAUGAGAUCCCUCACAGCGAGAAAGUCCUCUCUCUCAAGUACGAGAGCUUGGACUAUGACAACUGUGAGAACCAGCUGUUCUUGGAUGAAGAGAAGAGGAUCAAACAUACGGCGUUCCGGACGGUGGAGAUUCGGCGGUGGGUCAUCUGUGCCAUGAUCGGGAUCCUCACCGGCCUCGUUGCUUGCUUCAUCGACAUUGUGGUGGAAUACAUUGCUGGCCUGAAAUACAAAGUGGUGAAGGGCAAUAUUGACAAAUUCACCAAGACAGGCGGCUUGUCCUUCUCUCUGCUGCUCUGGGCCACGCUGAAUGCGAGCAUUGUGAUGGUCGGGGCCGUUAUCGUUGCUUUUAUUGAGCCUGUGGCAGCUGGUAGUGGAAUACCUCAGAUCAAGUGCUACCUCAAUGGAGUUAAGAUCCCCCACGUGGUCCGGCUGAAGACGCUGGUGGUUAAAGUCUGUGGUGUGAUUUUCUCUGUGGUUGGAGGCCUGGCGGUCGGAAAGGAAGGGCCAAUGAUUCACUCUGGAGCUGUCAUCGCAGCUGGCAUAUCUCAAGGACGGUCAACUUCUCUGAAGAGAGACUUCAAGAUCUUUGAAUAUUUCCGGAGGGACACGGAGAAGCGGGAUUUCGUCUCCGCCGGAGCUGCUGCUGGCGUCUCGGCUGCCUUUGGGGCUCCUGUCGGUGGUGUCCUGUUCAGCUUGGAGGAAGGCGCUUCCUUUUGGAACCAGUUCCUGACCUGGAGGAUUUUCUUUGCCUCCAUGAUCUCCACCUUCACCCUGAACUCCAUCCUGAGCAUUUACAAAGGGAAUCCCUGGGACCUGUCCAGCCCUGGACUCAUCAACUUCGGCCGGUUUGACUCUGAGAAGAUGGGGUACACUUUUCAAGAAAUCCCAAUCUUCAUAUUCAUGGGAGUGGUGGGUGGAGUUCUUGGAGCCAUGUUCAACGCCUUGAACUACUGGCUGACGAUGUUCCGCAUCAGGUAUAUCCACCGGCCGUGCCUGCAGGUCAUCGAGGCCAUGCUGGUGGGCGCUGUGACAGCGGCUGUGGCCUUUGUCAUGAUCUACACCUCGGCAGACUGCCAGCCCCUGCAAGGCAGUGGCAUGGCCUACUCACUCCAGCUCUUCUGUCCUGAUGGCGAAUACAACUCUAUGGCUGCCGCCUUCUUCAACACACCAGAGAAGAGUGUCGUCCGCCUUUUUCAUGACCCCCCAGGCACGUACGACCCCAUGACUUUGGGGCUCUUCACCUUGAUGUACUUCUUCCUGGCUUGUUGGACCUACGGGCUAACAGUUUCGGCAGGCGUCUUCAUCCCCUCCCUGCUGAUCGGGGCUGCCUGGGGCCGCCUCUUUGGCAUCUCUCUCUCCUACAUGACCAGCGGCUGGAUCUGGGCCGACCCAGGGAAGUAUGCCUUGAUGGGAGCCGCGGCACAGCUGGGGGGCAUUGUGAGGAUGACGCUCAGCUUGACGGUUAUCAUGAUGGAGGCGACAGGCAACGUCACCUACGGCUUCCCAAUCAUGCUGGUGCUGAUGACGGCCAAGAUUGUGGGGGAUUAUUUUGUCGAGGGUUUGUAUGACAUGCACAUCCAGCUUCAGAGUGUUCCCUUCCUGCACUGGGAAGCCCCUGUCACAUCCCACUCGUUUACCGCCAGAGAAGUGAUGAGCACCCCGGUGACCUCCCUCCGAAGGAUUGAGAAAGUGGGCGUCAUUGUGGACAUCCUCAGCGAUACGUCGUCCAACCACAAUGGGUUCCCUGUGGUGGAGAGCAUUCCAGGCAGCGAUCAGGCAGCGGGACUGCGAGGCCUGAUCCUGCGCUCCCAGCUGAUUGUUCUCCUGAAGCACAAGGUCUUCGUGGAGAGAGCCAACCUGUCCCUGGUGCAGCGGCGGCUGAAGCUGAAGGACUUCCGGGACGCCUACCCCCGCUUCCCCCCCAUCCAGUCGAUCCACGUCUCCCAGGACGAGCGCGAGUGCAUGAUGGACCUGACCGAAUUCAUGAACCCCUCACCUUACACCGUGCCCUUGGAAGCCACCCUAACAAGGGUUUACAAGUUGUUCCGGGCCCUGGGCUUGCGCCACCUCGUGGUGGUGGAUAAUCAUAACCAGGUGGUGGGUCUGGUCACACGGAAGGAUCUGGCCCGAUAUCGCCUGGGGAAGGAAGGCUUGGAGGAGCUGCCCCUGGCGCAGACGUGACUUUGCCGCUGGGUGCUGCGGACCUUGCUGUGCACCAGGCUCUCGCCAGCCUCCCGGCGCUGUUGCCCUUGGGAGACCGCGGACGUGAAGCCAAACCCCGAAACGCCCGGCGUGUGGAGUCCCGCACUUUGCUGUGUCCCCGGCCUCUCCUCCUUGUCGCCAUUCUCCUCUUCAGCCUUGCGCUCCUCUCGCCAUCCUGACCUUGGGUUCUCCGCACGGGACUGCAGAUAGGCUCUGUACAACUGCUUUGGGGUCCCCUGGGGCUUCAGGAGGGGCGUCCCCCACAAUUGGAGAGAGGCAGCUGUCUGGGAGUCCCUGUCUCUGUUACAGACCUGGGCUGGGAGGUGUGUGUGUGUGUCCAUUUCUGACCAAGCUUUCUUCCUCUGGCCCUGCUCCUGCCAAUUGUGCCUUCCAAGACUCGCUACCCCCCCCACCCGUUUUGUCAAUCCUGCUGUGCAAAAAAUGCUCUGAGCAAUGCUGGACUGGAGACCUUGGCUGGCAUUUACUGGGAACAGUCGCAACACACCUCCCAUACAGCUCAAUGUUGUCGUUUUUAACUUGUGUGUAAAGCAAGGGAGCGGGGACUGAACUGUGGUCCAUCUCCAGGUUGCUGCUGGACCCCCCCCAUCUCUGUGGCCAGUGAUCAGGGCUGGUGGACUCAACAAGAAUCUGCUUAGCCGCCCCUGAUUUAACGUUACCAGGCAUGUUGACAGAAUUGGGCAGGGCAAGGGUGGCAUUUUCCCAAUCCAGCCACUGCCAAGAGCUCAUCACCCAGCAGUGAAACUCUGGCAGCUUGUUCAACACUCAGCAAUGUCCCAGCCCUGUUUCCUUACCCUUAGAUCUCUCUUCCUCCCAAAUCCUUCACACCCAGGCUGAGAUUGUGGGGAGCCCUCGCGGCACGUGUUCCCUCUGGAUCUGCAGCUGUGAAGAGCUUGCACCGCUGGGCUUGUGUACAGCCUCUUCUCCUCACCCGCCACUCCCAGGCGGAGAGUCUUCCUGAUAGGUUCAGAGGGUCUUUCUCCCCCCACCCCUUAUAAACAGCAGCCUGCCUUCGUUCAUGGUUGUUUGGAUCCACUUUCUCUCCCCCACCCCACUCCUAAUUCUCACACUGCCUUGCACCUCUUUGCAUGUUUAGCUGGCGGUAGGGAAGAUUACAGGGGAGGCCAGUCCGGUAGGGCAAAUUGGGCGCCGCCCCGCCAAUAUCAGCCUGCAACCCCCCUGGGGAAAAACAAAACCCUGCCUGCCUUCUUACAAGCAAUCCUGUCUGUGUUAGCUUCCUCCUCUAUGCUCAGUUGGAAGACUUAGCUAGAAAUAGCUGGCUCUGCCUGGCUCUGGCCUUGGCGCCACCUACUGUUAGGCUCCCUGCCUUUCGCCCAUUGGGCUCCAGCCACCACUGCAGAAGAGAAGUAGAGCCCAAGCAGCUUGAAGGAUCGCCCUUAUGGGCAGGAAGGACAGGUGAGCUGGGUGGGUGGCGUUUGGGCAAGAAGCACCCAGUUUAACAAGAUGCCGGACCAAACCAAUGUGCCCACUUCAACCUGAAGCAGCCUGUCUCACCCCCAAGGACUGGGGCCUCCUCUUUUCAGCAUCUGUGUACAUCGGGGCAUGCUUGCCCAGAGCUUCUAAUAGCAUAGGGAGGGAGGAAAGGAAUCCAGGGGAGGAUUUAGCAAAGGGCAAACGGGCCUCCCUAAGCUUAUAGCAAGGUUUUCUCUAUUUUGGACUACAACUCCCAUCAUCCCUAGCUAAGAGGACCAGUGGUCAGGGAUGAUGGGAAUUAUAGUCUCAAAACAUCUGGAGGGCCGGAGUUUGCCUAUGCCUGCUUUACAGGCUUGGUGUGAGGGGUGUUGGCAGUCAUCAGGCCCAUUUCCCGGCUCCUGGUCCUUCCCCACAUCUGGCAGACACCUGUCUCCUCUGCUGUUUUCUAUCACGUGGAACACCUGGUGGAAGAGUUCUCUUUUUUGUGCUGAAAUUAAAAAGGAAACUAUUUAUACUUUU